AUGCCUCGUAAAAUUGAUGUUCCUUCUUUCGAUAUUCAAAUAAUAUCUAGUGGAUAUUUAGUGAAUAUCUAUCAUAAUUCAAAUCCUUUGAAUAAACAAAAACCACCAUCACCGUUACCAAUAUCACCUCGUCAUGAAACGUUAACAUAUACACAUUUACAAAAAAGACAAAGUCUUCCACAUAUGAUGACACCUUCUCAAUCACAAAUUCAUCGUGGACAAGACCAUCAUCUUCCACCAUUUCUUUCACCACCACUUUCACAUGCAUCUCAACCUAUGCUACAAACUCCGAUAUCUGCAUCAAUGAAUUUACCAUCACAACCUUCAAUGAUGCAUCAUCAACAAACAAGAGAAAAUAUAAAUUCAGGUUUUGAAGAACUUAAAAGUAUAGUACCAAGUUGUCGUGGAUGUGCUGAUUCAAAAGCUAUUAUACUAAGAAAAGCACUCGAAGCACAGAUACAGAAAUUAAAGCAAUCUAAUAGUGGUUCAACAACUCCAAAUACUUCAUCAGUUACGACACCUCCUUUAGUAUCACCUGUAAUGUCGGUGAAGUCCAUUCCUUCAGGUCAUAUACAUAUGCAUGGAGGUGUAAAUGGUAAUUCUAUGUAUGCAAUAAAUGAUUUUAAUCAUCAAAGAAUUGGUGAUGAAAAAAAAUUACAACAACAAUUAGAGCAACAAAAAUUUAUGGGUCAAUGGCAAACUAAUCGAUUAAAUCAAAAUUAUUUAAAUCUUUCUUAUCCAAUACCUCGUCAUCAUUCUCAAUAUCAUUAUCAUGAUCAACAACAAUUAAAAACUGAAAAUAUGGAUUGGAUUUCUGGUGGUGAUAAAAAUCUUCAUUAUAAUAAUUAUGAAAGUAAGAUACAUCAUCAACAAUCUUAUCAUCGAAGGUAUCAUCCUUAUCAUUCUGAUAUGAAUACUUCAAGAGCAAGUCCACCACAUUCUAUGGGAAGGGUAAUGCUAAAACACGAAAUACAUGAUCAGACUUAUAAAUAA